AUGUAUGAUGAGAAGGCCGGCGGCGCAAGGCCCGGGAAUGGCCAUGAGUACGAUAUCCAGGAGGGAGAGGGACAGCAGCUUCAUCGCUUGCUCAAAGGGCGUCAUAUGCAGAUGAUUGCAAUCGGUGGCGCAAUUGGUGCAGGUCUCUUCGUCGGCUCCGGUAGUGCAUUCUCACACGGCGGGCCAGCCUCGGUUGUCCUCUGCUUCAUCAUCAUUGGCUGCAUGCUUCUGCUCGUCAUGCAAGCGCUUGCGGAGCUCGCUGUGAUGUACCCUGUGAAUGGCGCCUUCUUCACCUACUGCGUCCGCUUCAUCAACCCGGCCUGGGGUUUCGCUUGCGGUUGGGAUUAUGCCAUCCAAUGGCUCACCAUCCUUCCGUUCGAGAUUACCGCUGCUGGCCUGACCAUCGCUUUUUGGCCGAGAGGUGCAGAAGUCAACAUUGGCGUUUGGGUGGCGGUGUUCCUUGUGGCACUGUCAGUCAUCCAGAUCUUUGGCAUCAGAGGCUACGGAGAAGUCGAGUUCGUGCUCUCCACCAUCAAGGUAUUGGCGUGUACGGGAUUCAUCAUCCUGGGCAUCAUCAUCAAUUGCGGCGGCGUACCGAGUGAUCCUCGCGGUUACAUUGGUGGCUAUUACUGGCAUGAACCCGGCGGAACUGCCUUCAGGAACGGCUUCCAAGGCUUCUGCGCUGUCUUCGUCACGGCUUCGUUCGCUUUCGGCGGUACAGAGUUGACUGGUCUUGCCGCUGCCGAGGCCGAGAACCCGCUCAAGUCUAUCCCACUUGCAACCAAGCAGGUGUUCUGGCGCAUCACCUUCUUCUACGUGAUCUGUCUGCUCUUGGUGGGACUGAACAUCCCCUCCGGUUCGGAUUUCCUCCUUAACAGCUCCGGCGCCAACACCAAGUACAGCCCUUUCGUCUAUGUCAUGACACUCGCUAACAUCAAGGUGCUCCCUUCAAUCUUUAACGUCGUCAUUACCGUUUCCGUCCUGUCCGUCGCCAAUAGCUGUUCGUUCGGCAGCACGCGUACUCUCCAGGCGCUCGCCGCGCAAGGAAUGGCACCGAAGUUCUUCUCCUAUAUUGACAAGCACGGCCGCCCAUACUGGUGCGUUGUCUUGCAGCUUGUUUUCGGCCUGCUUGCUUUCUGCAACGAGGCCACCAACGGCGGCCCCAUCUUCUUCAACUGGCUGCUCGCGUUGUCCGGCCUCGCCAACUUCUUCAUCUGGGGCAGCAUUUGCUUCGCUCACAUCCGCUUCCGCGCCGGCUGGCAAGCGCAGGGCCACAGCCUCGCCGAGAUCCCAUACAAGGCGCCGUUCGGUGUCUGGGGCUCGUGGACCGGCCUCAUUCUGAACAUGCUCUGUAUCAUGGCGGCCUUCUACAAUGCACUCUACGGUGUCGGCGGCACCCCGAACGCGUCUGGCUUCUUCCAGUCUUUCCUCGCUGCGCCCAUGAUCCUUGCACUCUAUCUGUUCUGGAAGAUCUAUACACGCGAUUUCUCUCUGUUCAUCGCGGCGAAGGACAUGGAUGUGACGAGCGGCAUUCGCAUGAACGUGCAAGAGCUGAUCGAGGCCACGAAGGGCCAGGAGGCGGACCUGACGUGGAAGACGUUACCAAUGCGAGCCCUGAGAUCGCUGUUCUAA